UACUCGUACUUAUGAUGUAUUCGUGUGUAUAACUCAGAACAGGUUAAAGUGAACAUGAAUUUCAAAAUCUCACUUAUUUAUAUUACACUACUGAUCAUCGCAAAAUGUACCAAAGCAAGUAGAUCCAGUAAAUCUGGAGGUCUACUUUCUCCGAUAAAUAUCGAUACAUCUCGAGUUACUCGUAGUUUUCAUCCACUGAAAAUAUCAAUAGACGUUCCUAGAAUUAUUUUUUCCUCUGGCAUGGCAAUAAAUACAGGAAAAGAAAUCAGAUUUCCUCUGACAAAAAAACAAGAAAUGGGCUCACAACAAAUAACACUUGACAAUAUUACAUAUACACUAGCUGACCGAUAUUUACUAAUAAACCAAGACGGAUCGCACAAAAAUCGUAGCGGACAUGCCAUCAAUGGUAAAGGAUAUCCCAUCGAAGGAGUCAAUAUAUUCGCCAACAUAGAUCAAUACGGGAGUUUGAAAGAAGCCAAGAAACACCCUAAUGGCUUACUAGUUCUCUCGCUACCAGUCGAUGUAAUAGAUAUUCCGAAUCCAACUUUUAUACAAUUUGGUAUAUUGUUGCGUUCAGGUAAACUGAAAGCACCCAACUCUACUGCAAAAUUUUCUACUCUACUUGCAUUUAGUUUGUUCGACUCUCUCAUCAAGAACCGUGCUUAUUACACUUAUACAGGAUCCUUAUACGAUCCGGAGACAAAAACGCAAAUAACCGAGGUGCCCCAAAUUGUACCUAAACCGCCUUAUGGCUCUAUUUCUUACGAACAAUUCGCAGCUUUUGAGUAUGUUUUGGAUACAGAUAGCAAUCCAUUGAAUACCAUAGCUCCAUUAAAUCCUGUCAAAGGCAGAGAAAUCGAAGCAGUGAAAGGACUCUACGUUGAACUACGUCCCUUCGACGUGACUAUUUUUCUUCCGUGAACAGCCAGCAACCCUAUUGAAAUUUAAGGCUAAUUUGAAUAUA